CUUCUCGUCCAUCUACUGGUGACAACACAGUCAGAAAUUGCUAUUCUGGCGCAGCAAUGUGCGCGAACUGGUCUGUGGCAUAGCGUAGACCGGCUGUCGUGGAGAGGCGUUUCAAAUGACCAUUUUGAUACGCCGCCAGUCGCAGAAACGCCUGCCGUUCAAUGCUCCCUCGACCUCAAGCGUCCUUGCUGCAGGGUGCAGCCCGUCGGUGUGACUUGGGUUCUCCCUCCUCCACAUGUUAUCUUUUCUUUCUCUUAACCUACAGUCAUUGGCAGCCGUGCUGUUGUUUCGCUUCUCUCGAUUUCAUACCUUCGUUUGGUCCACGGGCUCUGGAUAGCUUUACGAUAUUAUUUCCUUUGGGAUACCCAGCGAUUAUCGAAUCUUCGACUUUGGUUUCGACUGAAAGACUUGUUAAGGUACAGCCAACGGUUCCACACCCCGACAUGCAAGGCUUUUCAUGAAUUUGGGCGGGCUCCAGUCAUCCUUCUUUGCCAUACAUUUCACCCCUGCUACCGUUCACUUCCACGAGUGUACCUGCGUGGCCAGUAGUACCGACCAUUCAUUUACCAUUGGGCGACAAUUACGAU